UGCACGGCGUCGGACUUUCCCACUGACCCCAAGAAGCUUCAAGCUGACCUCUUCACCGCAGUCAAGCCUCCUCCCCCAGGAAAUCAAUCACAUCCUCAUAAUGCGUUCCAUCAUCGCCGCCUUUAGCCUGCUCGCAGUCGCCGGCUUCUCGAGAGCCCAGAUUGACCCAUCCACUGUUCCACUCUCCCUCAGAGAUACCUGGUGUUUCAACCAGAAGACGCAAUGCCCUCUUAUCUGCACUCAGCAACCCGGCGUUAAUGACCUCUCACCCGAAUCAAAUGAGUGUGACCCAGACACUCUUGUCUACUCCUGCGUCUGCUCCAACGGUGUCACCCCCAACGUCACCCAAUACUCGCUCACCAUCCCAUACUACAUCUGCACAGAGCAGGCCAAUCAGUGCGUUACAGCUUGCGGACUGGGCAACAAUGCCUGUUCCGAUAACUGCCGAACCCAACACCCCUGUGGCGCACAACACCCCAACCCACCCAACUCUUCCAUCUCGACCACCAUGCCCGCCACCUCCACACCAACAGCUUCAAGCACCAAGGUCCCUGUCAGCGGCUUCGGCGGCCCGGCUGCUACAACCGCAGCAGGUGGCAAGGGCGCUGCUUCGGCAAUGCUCAACCUCGGACAGAGCUACGGCAUGGCCGUCAUCUUUGCCGGCGUGUUUGCCGGGUUCGCGAUUAUCUUGUAAAAUUGAUGAAAAUGGAUCUUUCCUGGGAUUUUCGUUUCGACGACGUUUCAGCUACUACUCAGUCAGUUUUCACCCGGCUGUCUGUCUGUUAGUCAUGCAUGCAUAGCG